AUGGCAAAGAAGAUGAAGAAGUUGGAGAAGGAGACAGUGGCCUGGAAAUCCCGUUUUGAUGGCUGCAAUAAAGCUCUCAUUGAUAUGGUUGCAGAUAAAGCGCUGAAGGAGAAGGAGUUUGAACUCAUCACCCUGAAGACCCAGAAACUGGAGAAUCUGUGUAGAGCGCUUCAGGACGAGAGGAAAACCCUGUAUCAGAAGCUCCACGGGUCCCAACAGCCUGGAGCCGAAGACUCGGCUGCUACUGAGCCAGUCACUACUGAGGAAACUACAGAGGAAGUGGCAGUAACUAAAGAGGAAGUGACAGUCUCAACAGAAGCGGUCAGUCAAGAUGCAAACACCCCCAUUGAACCAACCUGUAAGUCUCCCGCAGAUGCGACGCCGCUGACCAAAGAGCUUGCCAACCUGAAGGCAGAGAAAGCUCGGCUACAGGAACUCUCGACAGCGUUCACCAUCCACCGCCACCUGCCGCCAGAGGCCUACGAGGACUUAAACAGCUGCGUUGAGAGCGCAGACGAUGCUCAGGGUGAGCAACAGGUUGACACGGAGUUCAACUUCACAGAGGAGACCGUCACAGACACACUGUCUGAAGAACAUCAAGAGCUCAGAGACAAAGACAUGCAGGCGGUUGAUUAGACAGACUAAUCUCAAUGUCAGUUUGUCACAUUCACAAA